GAUCGUGUCUUUUUCUGCAUUCUACUUGCAUCACCAAACUUCUGAGCCAAAGGCUGGUUUGGAGUAGCUUUUGGGAUCUGGAUCUGGGGUCUGGAUUCCAAGAGGGAUUCAUCUUUAACACGAAGACUUCGCAUGUGGUCAUCCAUCCUCUGAUGCUAGUCCUGCUCUCGCCUAAUUUCGCUUUUAACUUCGUAGUUCCGAUGGAAUCAUGUGUAAGUUGGUAUGAUCACAACCUCAUCCUGAAAGUUUGAACUUUGAGUGGUGAAGUACAGAGAGUAAUCAGAUUUUUUUGUUUUCAAAGGCGGAUUCGGUACAAGAAACCGGUAUCUGGUGGUCAUAUAGGGUUCUAAGUAGCCAAAAUCUUAGGGUUCCAAGUAGUUGAUCAUAUCGCAACGGGGAUGGUUGAUGCAGGCAUGACAAUGUCCUUCCACACACAAAACCGUCCACCUCUUCUUUUCGGACUUUUGACCAAAAAUAGGACACAAUACAGAACCAAAUCAAGCUCUUUUGUAGCCGCAGUGCAAGUAUCUUCAGUUCUGCAAACCAAUGAGAGCGGAAAUCUACCUGAAUCGAAGAAAGUUCGGAAUUCUGGCUUACCUCUAACAAGAUGCCACGUACUGAGCCAACCAAACACCGUCGGCAUCAUUGGAGGGGUGUCUGUUUAUUCAAGCCUCCUUUUCUUGGAGAAGCUUGUGUGGUGGAGUCUAAAAGAUGGAGGAGAAUGCCCGCCUUUCAUCGUGUGCAGCGAUCCAACGUUGUAUAAGGAGCUUCCGAUUCGCAGUUUGUUGCAUUCACUCAAACGAAGUACUAGUAGUGCUCAAAUCCUAUCAAAUAACUGGCCUGUCAUCGAGAGCUUGUGUCGCAAGAGGGCGUUCCUCGAGCACUCUGGCGCUCGAUGCAUAGUCAUGCCGUGUCACCUGUCUCAUGCGUGGCACGACCAGAUAUCUGAGGACUGUUCUCUGCGCUUCCUUCAUAUCGGUGAGUGUGUUGCCCGGGAGCUCAGGGAAGCAAAGUUGAAGCCACUGGAAAAAGGAAGUAAUGUAAGGAUUGGAGUGCUUGCUGCAGAUGCAACUUUAACGGCUGGUUUUUACCAAGAAAAGCUACAAAGUCAGUCACCCGCGAAAAACAUAUUUCGGUGCAAUGGCAAUGGACAGGGGUUUGAUGUUGUGGUACCUGACAAGCAAACCAUGGAGCAUUUGGUGAUUCCCACAAUUGAAGCGAUAAAAAGACGGGACAUGGAGGGGGCACGAAACCUGUUAAGCAUUGCAGUCCAGGUCCUGCUGGUGAGGGCGGUGAACACCGUGAUCAUUGCUUCGGACGAGUUGCAGGGCGUUCUGCCUCCGGACGAUCCUCUUCUUAAGAAAUGUAUCGACCCCAUGGACGCUUUGGCUAGGUCGACAAUAAAAUGGGCAAAGGCUACAGGCAAAAGUGGAUAAGAGGUCGUAGCAACAUGGCUAAAUAAAAUGUACAAAAUCUUCGUGUCAUUGCCAUAUUUCUCUUCAUUUCUGAAGAUAUUUGCAAAUCUUUAAAUCAACUCAAUUGAAACUUCUUGUAAAAUCAACUUCUGGUUUGAAACAUAUACACAGAUUUAUGAGUUACAAGUA